CAAUGGCCCAUCCGAAGAACGACCGGUCCGCCAUCUGGCCGUUGGCGUGCAUCUACAGCCAGCGAUUCAACGCCGGCAAGGUGGACCGCGAAGCGACCCUGCAAGAGUUUCUAAAAUCCGUCACCGAAACCAUCCGGUCGCAGAACGUGACCGAAAUGCACAAGUGCAGCGCUAAAGCGGCCAAACUGCGCAACGUCGGUAAUCGGCACUUUCUGGACCGGAAGUUCCAGGACGCGCUAGCCUGCUACAACGAGAGCAUCUGCUUCGCGGACCCGAACUCGGACCAGCUCGCGAUGGGUUACGCCAAUCGUUCGGCCGUUUACUACGAGCAGGACGAGUACGAGUUUGCCCUGCUCAACAUCGAUCUGGCCAAGAAGAACAACUACCCGGAGAAGCUAAUGCCGAAAUUGCUGGCCAGAGAGCUCAACUGCAAGCAGCGCAUUGCCGGAGGUCGCUCCAAAAACGCGACUCCGCGGACGCGGAUGAGCGUCAACGUGGACACCAAUCCGAGGAUUCCAUUUCUGGCCGACGGCAUCGGAAUGAACUAUGAACCCAAGUUUGGCCGGGGAUUGAUCGCUGAGAAGGACUUCAACCCGGGAGACAUAAUUUUGGAGGAGAAAUCCGAACUGUGUGGAGUUGACUUUAAUUUGUCGUACCGGAACUGCAAUCACUGCAGCUCUCGAUUCAACUACAGCUUGAUCCCUUGCCCAACUUGCCCGUUCAUGAUGUACUGCUGCCAGGAGUGCCUCGAGCAGAACUGGAAUCUGUUCCAUCGAUUCGAGUGCUGUGUGGUGACCAAGCUGUACAGCGUUUCGAGUCUUUCGUCGAUGAUGCAUCCGAGACUGUUUUUCUACGGCUUGACGCAGUUUGAUGAAGAUUUGCGAGCCAUGAUGAAAUACUGCGAGAAGGAGAUCAACGGCAAAUUCAACCCCCUUGACCUGGACUACACCAACCCCAACCGACUGGAGCUAUUCAAGGCCUAUCACAACACCCAGCCGGCCGUGGAUUCCGAGAAUGACCACUUUUUCAAAAUUUUAGCUUGCGGCUAUUACGUCAUGUAUCUGAAGAACCCUGCGGUCAACUCAAUCAUUCGCACCGAACCCCAACGCCGGUUCUUCCUGCGAUCGCUGCUGCAGUACAUUCGUAUCGGGUUCUCCAUGGCUUCGUAUUCUAUCGACGCCCGGGGUCGUGCCAUCGGAACGCUUACCCCGAUCGACAGCCUGAUCAACCACUCGUGUGACCCGCACGCGGCCACGUUCAUCUGUUCUGGCACCAUCAAAGUGGUCCUGCUUCGGCCGGUUCGCCGUGGGGAACAGAUCUUCACCUCGUACGGGCCGGUUUGGUGGGAGGAGGAAUCCGGAAACAAAACUCCCUUCACGUGCCGCUGCGUGUAUUGUGACCGUGGUCCGGCCGGGCGCCGUUGGCGUGCGCUAAUUGAUCGUGACUUUCCGCUUGGCGCGGUCGAUGACUUGCAGAAGCUGCACGACAUCGCCCUCCGGAUGGACUUUAACAAUGCGGCCAAGCUGAACGCGCUGAAGCAGUUUAUCAAAAAACACGCCCGCCACUAUCCCGAGCGGAACUUUGGGACGGUGCUGGACACGUACCGAAUGCUGCUGGUGGCGAUGAACCGCACCGACGUUGAGGCGCUGGAACGUGCGCGUGCUUGGGCUGAGGACAAUUGACUAUGGCUUGCAUUUUGUUCACUCGGGAUAUUCGAAGGAAAACCUUGAAAAUAAUUUGAUU